CCACGGCUUCGACGACUACCUGGGAGUUCCCUACAGCCACGACAUGUGCCCCUGCUACGUCUGCUUCCCUGACAAGCCUUGUUACGAUAUGUGCUGGAGUGGACACGUAUCGUGUCCUCUAUAUAUCAACACAACGAUCAUGGAACAGCCCACGCCACUGCCUUCUCUUGCUGGCAAACUUUUAUCAAAAGCCACGCAAUUUUUGGAAUCCAACGCCAGAGACGGCACUUCAUUCUUCCUCUACAUGCCCUUUAUGCACGUGCACCAUCCCCAAUUUUCUUCAGCGGAGAUUGAUGAGGAAUCCGCGCGAGGGAUUUUCGGCGACGCUCUCCUGGAGCUCGACCACUCCAUCGACACCAUCCUGCAGACACUCGACGCGCUCGACCUCGCCGACAACACCGUCGUGUGGUUCCUCUCUGACAAUGGGCCGAGUUUGCUGCGUCGGGAACGAGGAGGCUGCGCAGGAGCGCUGCGGUGCGGCAAGGGCACGACGUGGGAAGGCGGCGUGAGGGUUCCCGCCUUCGUCAGGUGGCCGGGGCACAUCGUUCCCAGUCGUACGAACGAGUUGCUGAGCUCGCUAGAAGUUCUGCCGACCAUCGCUGCGCUCACCGGCGCUGACACCAGCGGCCUCAAGCUCGACGGCUUCGACGCCUCAGACUUUUAA